UGUUGUGAGCGAGAACUUCGAUCAAUCGUGUGUACGCGUGCAUAAAUUUCGCAGUAAGACUGAGAAUAUGGUGUGUGGCGGAUUUACGUGCUCGAAAAAUGCACUAGCGGCAUUAAAUGUUCUUUAUAUACUUAUCUCCUUCAUCCUAAUUGGUGUAGCUGCCUAUGGGCGUGUAGCUGCCAUAGUUACAAGCCUCACUUUGGUGGGUAGCUUGAUAACAUGUGGGGUUGUGCUGUUCUUCAUAUCGCUGAUUGGUCUCAUCGGAGCUGUCAAACAUCACCAAGUUAUGCUGUUUUUUUACAUGAUCAUUCUGUUUGUGCUGUUUUUGAUCCAGUUUGCCCUAGCCUGUGCUUGUCUUGCUGUAAACACAGAGCAGAAGGAGAACAUAGCAAAACAGGGCUGGAUGAUGGCCAGUGACAGUACACGGGAAGAUGUACAAAGAAAUUUCAACUGCUGUGGUUAUACAAAUCAACAACUGAAUUCCACGGAUCGCCUAGGUUUCCCAUCUUGCAAGACUAGCGCAUGCUGUAGCAGUCCAGAACAUUCUGAAGCCUUCUGUUGCACAGGGAAGUCAAGUAACUCCAGCACCACUUGUCCCUGUGACUCCUGUUUUGACAAGCUUCAGGAUAAAAUAUACUCUGCCUUCACUAUGACUGGAGGAGUGGGCUUGUUUUUCAGCUUUACAGAGAUUCUUGGCGUAUGGAUCACAGUGCGAUAUCGCAAUCAGAAAGAUCCUCGAGCUAACCCUAGCGCCUUUCUGUAACCUAGUUUUAGAGGCUAGACUGAUUUAAAUGAUUAUUGGUGUGUGGCUUGCUAUGAGAUACCGCAAUCAGAAGGACCCCAGAGCCAAUCCCAGCGCAUUUCUUUAACAGCAACAAUCAUUAACUAGUUACAUAUAUGUACAUAGUCGUGUAUUCUUCAUAUCUGUACAAUUUAGAGACUUGAGCUGACCUUGAUAUUGAUCAAAGAUUGUUGUAUACAACGAUGCAGUGGUCAGAGUCCAAAUGGCUGUUAGACCAUGACAAAAAUCUCUAUGAAAUGACCUUGUCUCCAUUUUCCAGUUAAGUUCAAGGUCAAGAAAUUGUUCAAUAGGAUAUGACUCUUCCAAUGCUGUUAUGUUAAUAGACAAAUUUCCUGUUCAAACUUUAUCCUGUACAGUGUACUGUAUUGUAUAUCUUCCAUUGUUUAGAAAAAAUAUCUGUAGCUGAUGCAUUUGAAUGUGGUAUAAAGGGUGACUCAAUCCUUGGAGGAGGUUAUCCUGGAUUUCUGAGUUGAUGCAUUUGAAUGUGGUAUAAAAGGUGACUCAACGAUUGGAGGUAAACUGGAUUUCUGAGUUGAUGCAUUUGAAUGUGGUACAAAGGGUAACUCAUUGCAGGGGAAUAAUCUGGAUUUCCGAGCACAAGCUGGACCAGGAUUGAUUGUCAUCAGUAAAAUGUGUUCACUUCUUUAUUAAUGUCUAUAAUGGCAAUGUAGAUAGGUAAGAUCUGAACAUUUGUAGCCGUAGUUAUGUCUCUAUUAUUAUUUAUAUGAUUUAAUAAAUCUCCACUUUAGCCUAAACAAUUAAUAGUGUGUAUUUGUCGAAAACCUUAGAGACUAAACAUUUAUUUGGCUAUCCCAAACGAAGUCUCUAUUAGUAUGAAUGUUCAGAUUCCUUUCCCAAUUCUUUGGUGUACAAUGUACAUUCCCAGUGUGCAGAGAUGGAUCUGUCAGCAAAUCACCGAGUUUCUUUGUAUGUGGUCGUGCAUUCCUGUAUCAUUACAUUAAGCCAGGGGGUAGCCUAGUGGUUCAAGUGUUUGCUUGGAAGGCCUGAUCUUGAUUGGUGAGAAGCCCAUAUCUGUGUAUCUUUUGUUUAGCCAUACAAAUUAUUUGUGAAUAAUUUAUAAGUGAAAUUAUUUAUAUUUCUGCCAGUAUCCAUAUAUCUGUAUUCUAUAAAUAUGUUUGUUUUCAUAUUUGACAAAUGAUCAUUCAUGUACUGUGUCACCAUGGUAAUUCUCAUGGGAAUGGAAAUCAGUUUGACUUUCUUGGUUUGUUUUGGGGUCUUUUGCUUUACAUGUGACUAUAGUGCUGUUUUCUAUGAACAUAAAUAAUUCAUGCUUUGUAUAUUUAUGUUACUAUUUCUUUUGUUGUGCUUCAGACUGUUUUAUAUAGAAACUGUAAGUUAUUUACCAUAAGUAUUAUAUACUGUCCAUAAUAAUGCUAUUUGAUACCAUCUAUUGAUAUGUUAAGUAUUGGUAUAUUAGUAACAGGACAUAAUGACGUGACGUGCUUAACAUCGUAACACAUCCUGGCAGCAGUGACAUGUUGAUGUUUGUGGUGUUAUAGAUGUAAGCAGUGUAUCACUGUAUAUAUGAUAACAUCACCAAUACUGUGUUUCGGCAAAAUUGUAGGUAGUGUGUUAACAUAAUACUGAAAGAAUUAUCUCUUUACAAGAAAGAAAUAGCAAAGUUUUAUGUUGGUAAGAACUCAUAUAUAUUCAUUGAUCUGAAAUCAGGAGGUACACUUAUCUGUUAUUUCUUAUUAUCUUUAUUUUGUUUGUGAAAUAUCUCUUGUGACAGUACUUUCAGGGAUUUUGUGUUAUUUUGUAGCGUCUCUAUUUAUAGGUUUUGUUUAGUUGUGCUUCCAGAAAAUAUUUGGGGGUUUUAAGUAGAGAAUAUAGGUUCGCACAAGGUAGACAACUCUUGUGUAUAUUUAUUGAAAUAACGCCUGUAUUGAGGCUACCGAUUUCCUGGUUGGUCCAAUUUAUCAGGUCUGUUUUCAGAUUACUGAGUGUGUUGUAAGUGACAUGUUUCUGAAUUAUCUUUGAUGAAUGUGUUAAACAUAUUCUAUAGUUCUCCUACCCUCCAGACAGAAAAGAAAGAAAAGGCCUGUCAUGAUCAUUUAAAGCUUCUAUCUUAUUGUGACG